CUCCUCGCCACCAAUCGUCAGCUUAUCCUAGCUACUUCGUAAGCCUUUGUGGUAGCUCCCGCUCAGGUCUUAUCAUAACCCCACUUCUUCGAGUUCAUUAAUGCAAUGCAUACCAUCAGGAUCCACCAACACGCGACGGCUCAUCGGGAUCACAAACGAACCUGUUUGACGUGCAGAAAGGUCCACACCACAACGUAUUCCAGCGAAAGGACCCCAACUGAAGCACAGACCUAGCACUUGUUAUUCUGAUCUAUCAAAGACACUCACUUUGAGAACGGGAUACUCAAAAUCACAUGGGACACGCCUGAGGGUGUUCAAGCUAUGAGGCUUCGUACAUAGCACGAGUCAAAUUUCAUAAAUCCACAGCAGGGCAGCUACAUGAGUCGCAUAUUUCGAGAGAGCGUCGUCUUGCCAAAGAAACUCGGCCUCUAAGAUACCCAAUGCCCCGACCAAAAGUGCUUCCGGAGAAUCGCAAACGCUCGGUACAAGCCUGUGUGCCAUGCAGAAACUCGAAAGUACGGUGUGACGCACAACAACCAUGUCAAGGGUGCAGGAAGAGGGGCAAGAUUGAAGCAUGCAUCUUCGACGCACCUUACCACCAUUCUCAUCCCUCACGAGCCUCGACAAACUCACGAGAGGAUCCCGGAAGCGCCUUCACGGAGGCGUCCCUGACCAGUCCAGUGGAUGUUCCAGAUGCUGAAGCGGGAACAGAGCAUUCCACGAAUGAUGCAGGAUCUUCUGACGAGACAUGGCAACCGGGAUCCCACAAGACUCGAAGUCGCAUGUUGUUCAGCUCCAAAGGUGAACAACUGUAUCUGGGCGGGACAGCUUCCAUAUCCUAUCUCCAGUUCCUGAGACAAGUCUUGAAGCGACAUGCGGGUCCGUCCGCGUUCACAGAAAGUGGUGUCAACAACGUAAUGUUAGAAGUCGAUCCCAGCCCCUAUGGUAAUAUUGAUGAAAUCGGUCGAUUGGACGUGGAGCAUCAAAAAGCAUUAAUACAAUGUUACUUUGAAGCCACCAGUGCUAUACUUGAUCUCUUCUCAAGUGAUGAGAUAUACACUGCGCUCAGUUUCGAGAACAUUAUUGGUGGAGACCGCAAACAAGACCGGAGAGCCACUCAAGCUAUUUUCCACAUGGUUCUAGCUAUUGGAGGUCAAUGCCGUGGCAUAUAUCCAAAUGACACGAAGUUUGCAGCGCAUUACUUCUAUAAAGCACAACAGUUCGCAUUCGAAGGCUUUCUCUGCGAUCCAAGUCUGAACAUGAUCAAGCUAUUUCUCCUCAUGGCAUUCUAUAUGCUAGGAGCUUGUCGCCGAAACGCAGCUUUUAUGUAUCUGGGAGUUGCCUCAAAAGCAGCUAAUGCUCUGGGUCUCCACCGGAAAGACCAGUACCGGGUGCUGCCGAAAGCGGAUGGUGCCGAGAGGCUCCGCACAUGGAAGAGUCUCUGUGUGCUUGAUACCAUCGUCAGCUCGAUCUUGGGUCGUCCCGGAAACUUCUCGUCAGUAUGGCAUGACGACCUAGAGUCCAGUAGCGACAACGACCGAGAUUCUCGUUCUUCAAGCCUUGCCAUCGAUGCAACCUAUGAGAUGUCAUGUCUUGUCGACUCAAUGGAGUCACGUCUCUGGAGCAGCAAAAGUGUAGAGUGCCAGCCAGCAGAAGAUUUUCUUCACGAGCUUCGAAAGUGGAGCCAGAAGCUGCCACCGGAGCUUCGACGCUUCUCCAGCGACAACAUGUUUGUCUCAAGCCCGGCAGAUCGUGAGCUGCUCGUAGGAGCAGCCCAUGUUGCUUGUGUAUAUUACUUUGCAGUGAUUCUGGUGACGAGACCGUUCCUGACAUCUCACAUUAUGCUCAAGCUCCGCGAUCGCGCCAGAAAGUCACACAAUCAUGCGGUUGCAGAUUCGAGUGCAUCGAUUGAGCGUGCAAAAGUGGCCAACCUUGCCCAGGUAUGUGUAGAGUCGGCUACAUACAUGGCUAUCAUGGCACACAGAGCUAUGGAAGCUGGAAUUCUAUUACGCAACAUGUGUCUCAUGAAGUAAGCUCAUCAAUCUGUCACUCAGUUACAGAUCACCACCGUAACCGCGAGCUAACAAAUCUUCAGAGCAUGGAUAUUCGCCGCUGGUCUCCUCCUUGGAUUCUCCCUCUU